CAUACCGUGAGCAAAUGCAGCAGAAGCAGAAGCCACAGCCGAAAAAGAAACCGAUACUGGCCAGACGCGGAGGCUGCAACAGCAACAGCAACAGCAAAUUAUUGCCACAGAAGACGAUGCCCUACUACAGCAAGCCGAAGCCAGCGGAGGCACUUAGCUUUCAGCAACUACGCGAUAAAAAUGAUGAUGAUCUCAGCAGCACCAGCAGCAGCUCUUCCACGUUUUCCUCUUCAUCGCCACAGCAGGAAUCUUCGGUAGACUAUGAGGCUGAGGAUGAGAACGAGGACAAACAACGAAGACCCAAGCAUAAGGACGAGAAUGAGAGCUUGUUGCAUGUACAGAAUUUUCUAAAAUGCUUUGGACCCAAUGCCUUAUCAGCAGCCACCAUAACAGCAACACCAGCAACAGGAGGAGCAGAGGCGCCAACUCCAACAGGCAGCCAGAAAGUUGUGAAAUCGCCGAGCACAGAACUGCGUAGCUGGCGUCAGAAUUAUCGCAAUACAAUCCAAUUAGUACCCACAACAAACACAAUCGCAUCAAUAGCCACCACAGCAAUAGUGACCGCAACCACACCCACGCUUUUAAAAGCCCAACCGAAUCACAAACCACAAAAAUUUCAAAUAAACACUAAAUUUCUGCGAAAACCAAGGAAUAAACUAAUGAAAAUGCUGCCAACAACAACAACAACGGACAAUGGAACAACAACGACAAUAGUUGUUCAGGAUGAAGAAAAACAUGAACAACAAACAAGGGAAAAACUGCAGCAGCAGCAACAGCUACCACAGCUAUUUAACGAUGAUUCCAACGCCAAAUUCAAAGACUUUUCAAUUGACUCGCUAUUGAAUAAGUAAAAAAGAGGAGAAAAACAAUUGAAUAAUGAAGAUUACGAAAUUAUUACCUAAAAUUUAGCCUUAUAAUUUUUUUGUAGAACAAUUCAACGAAAGAAAGAGCCCAAACCGCGUUCCUAAUUUACCCCACUGCCAACCCACCCUACCCCCUAAAAAGCAAGCACACAAAUUUUGUUUUAGCCAAUCAUACCGAUAACAACAUGAACAUAUAGCAACAACGUAUUCUAAUUACAUUACAAUUAGGCUGUUUAUUUAUUACAUACAUAUUGUACAACUAGUGGCGCAGUUUCAUAAUUAGCCUAAGCAUGUAAAUAUCUACUUAAAUACCAGAUAAUAAACGACGGAACACAUGUGCUAGAAUUUAAGAAUA